AUGGCGGACACUGAAAUCGAGACGAAACAGCGCAAGUCGGUCGCAUUCAGCGAAGGAUCGGUCAUCAUGGAUACCAACGGCCAAGUCACAGACGCCCCUCCGCUGAGAAGCCCACAGGCGGUAUGCAAUACCUCUCCGAUCCCAGCCUCAAUCCCCCCAGUCGCGUUUGCCACAGCCCCACUAACGAUGUCUGAAUACACAGAGAAGGAAGUCGACGAGGUCACCGAGAUGUUCAAGGGUCUUUCAAAAAAGAAGAAGUCCUCCAAGAAGUCUAAGACUGCCGACGCCGGCGAUGACGAGGAAGCUCCCGCCGCUGAUGGCGAAUUCGAUCCCUCCGCGCUGAAGAAGAAAAAGAAGAGCAGCAGCAAGUCUAAGAAGGCCGACGCCACCGACUUCGACGCCAAGCUCGCUGAGGCCGGUAUUGCUGAGGAGGCUGGUGAGGAGCAGCCCGAGGAACUCCCUGAGGGCGAUCUCGAGGCCGGCACCGGUAUCUGGGCGCACGACGCCACACAAACCAUCCCCUACUCGCUCCUCGUCUCCCGCUUCUUCUCCCUCAUCGAGAGCCACCACCCCGACCUUCUGGCCACCGGCGCCAAGUCCUACAAGAUUCCCCCGCCCCAGUGUCUGCGUGAAGGUAAUCGUCGUACCAUUUUCGCCAACAUUGCCGAUAUCUGCAAGCGCAUGAAGCGAAGCGAGGAACACUGCACCCAAUUCCUGUUCGCCGAACUCGGUACGUCAGGCAGUGUCGACGGUAGCCGUCGCCUGGUCAUCAAGGGAAGAUUCCAACAGAAGGGUAUCGAAUCGGUUCUGCGUCGCUAUAUUGUUGAGUACGUCACAUGCAAGACGUGCCGCAGCCCCGACACCGAGCUCAACAAGGGAGAGAACCGUUUGUAUUUCGUUACUUGCAACUCCUGCGGAUCCCGUCGUUCCGUCGCCGCCAUCAAGACCGGUUUCCGUUCCCAGAUCGGCCGCAGAAAGCGUGUGGGCUAA